UUUUACGACAGUUCCCCUGCCUAAUCGGUCUUUGCCGUAAAGUGCGUUAAAGCGUGUGUACACUGCGACUCACACGUGAAGUGUCACCAUGGACGGAAAGCCAAAAAAGAAGUCAUUUGCUCCCAAGGACGGGAUAAAAUCCAAAGGAGAAGGUGGUGCUAUGUCAGGUAAACCUAAAGGUAAAGCUUUAGGUGGAAAGCAUCCUUUCAAGCCACACAACACUGGCAAGGGCAAGAAGUUUGAUGCAGCAGGAAAGAAAUUCAACAAUGAAGGAAAGAAGUUUCAAGGUGCAGGGAAGAAGUUUCAGGGAGCAGGGAAGAAGUUUCAAAGUGAAGGGAAGAAGUUUCAAGGAGAGGGGAAGAAAUUCCAAGGAGCAGGGAAGAAAUUCCCACAAAAGUUCUCCAAGAAGACCCCAACUGAUGGAAAAUUUUCCAAGAAGAGGAAGUUUCAACCAGGGAAGGAGGGUGAGGAUGGUUCAGAGGCAAAGAAACCUAAAUGGGAUGAGUUUAAACAGAAGAAGAAGGAUUUAAAGCAGAAUCGUCAGCAAAAUGAACGGAAAGAAACAUUUCACAUCAUUACCAGAGCAAAGCAGGUGUGGGAAGCAGUUAGGAGGAAAGACUGUGAUAAAGACAAGCGGACCAAACUGAUGAAAGAGCUGCAUGGCCUUGUACAAGGGAAGAUCAAAUCUAUUGCCUUCGCACAUGACUCAACACGUGUGCUACAGUGUUUUAUCCAGUUUGGCAGUGAAACGCAGAGACAAGAAGUGUUUGAUGAACUCAAAGAUCACAUUGUUGAGUUGAGCAAAUCUAAAUAUGCCAGAAAUAUUGUUAAGAAAUUUUUAAUGUAUGGGAGCAAACAGCAGGUCGGAGAGGUGAUGGUGGCCUUUAAGGGAAACGUGCGGCAGAUGCUGCGUCACUCAGAGGCCUCGUCGGUGGUGGAGUACGCCUACAACGACAAGGCCAUCCUCUCACAGCGCCUCAUGCUCACCGAGGAGCUCUAUGGAAACACAUUCCAAGUACUCAAGUCCACAGUUUGUCCCACACUAGACAAGGUUCUUGAAAGUAACCCAGGCAAGUUAGAUGGCAUCAUGGAAGAGAUGAAACAGAUUCUCACACCUAUGUCACAAAAAGAAGCGGUUGUCAAACAUUCCCUGGUUCAUAAAGUGUUCCUGGAUUUCUUUCUCCAUGCCCCAGCCAAACAAAGAACGGAGAUGAUCGAGUCCAUCAGGGAGUCGGUCGUGUACUUCGCCCACACACACGAUGGGGCGCGGGUUGCCAUGCACUGCCUGUGGCACGGAACACCCAAGGACAGGAAAGUCAUCGUCAAAACCAUGAAGACCUACAUAGACAAAUUUGCCAUGGGCGAGUAUGCACACCUGGCACUCUUGGCUGCCUUCGACUGUAUUGAUGACACCAAAUUAGUCAAGCAACUUAUCAUAUCAGAGAUCAUCUCUUCCCUCACUGACGUCAUCAGUAACAAACAUGGCAGGAAGGUGUUGCUGUAUCUGCUCAGUCCUCGGGACCCAGCUCAUCUGCUGCCCGAGAUCAUCCAGCUGCUGGAGAAAGGAGACGGCAACUCACACAGUAAGAAGGACACGGCGGUGAGGCGGCGUGAGCUGCUGGAGGCCAUCUCCCCAACGCUGCUCACACACCUGACGGAAAACGCACGCACCAUGGCCACAGACAAGGCCUCCUGCGUCGCCGUGAGCGACAUCCUGGGUGCAGCGCUCGGCGACCUUCGACCUGCCAUGGAGGCAGUGGCCGAUCUAGCUGCUGACGAGUUUGUUCCUGGUGGUGUGGACGGACAGCUGCACAUGGUGGAACACCCCGCGGGUCAUCUGGUGCUGAAGUGGCUCAUUGAACAGGACUCCAAGAUGAAGGAAUCAGGCAGAGAAGAACGUUUCUCCAGGGUGUUACUGGACAAGGUGGGGCUAGAGAAGAUGAAGGGCUGGACUGCAGUCAACCGUGGAGCCAUGGUCCUUGGCUGCCUACUUCAGAGUGCAGAUGAGGGAGUGGCUGAAGAAGUCAAACAGGCUCUGAAGACCAUCGUCCCGGACCUCAAGGAGAUCCAGAACUCUAAAGGAGUUGAGGCGCUACUGGAGAAGCUUGGCUGAGGGAGGCAGUUGUGAGAGACACUACCGUGUGUAAGUGAUGGAUGCUCCAACAGACGGAUGCCUCGUUUUUCCAAAACAUCUAAACAGGUCUGGAAAAACCUGGGUGCUGUUCACAGCAGGCGUUUGCAUUUGUCAAGUGUCUGCCUGAGAGAUGUCUCUCUUUGGACCUUCACUGCCACUUUGGUCCUGCCCUGCUGCCAUUUGAUGUGUGCAGUCUUGUCGUACAUACAGUUAUCUGCUAUUGAAUGGACACAGUUCUUGAACUAUUUUUUUUGUUUGUUUGAAAUGUUGCCAUGAAAUAAUGAUUUUUAUGUAUUUAAAUAUAAAAUACAUCCAUAACAA